GCCCGCCGGGCCCCGCCGCACGCUCUCUCCGGACGCAGCACCAACCUCCCAGAGAACAGGAUGGAUUGGGGCACACUACAGACUAUCCUGGGGGGUGUCAACAAACACUCCACCAGUAUUGGUAAAAUCUGGCUCACUGUCCUCUUCAUUUUUCGCAUCAUGAUCCUUGUGGUGGCUGCCAAGGAGGUAUGGGGAGAUGAGCAAGCUGAUUUUAUCUGUAAUACUCUCCAGCCUGGCUGCAAAAAUGUUUGCUAUGACCACCACUUCCCCAUCUCUCACAUCCGGCUUUGGGCACUGCAGCUGAUCUUUGUGUCCACACCAGCACUCCUGGUGGCCAUGCAUGUGGCCUACCGGAGACAUGAGAAGAAAAGAAAGUUCAUGAAGGGAGAGAUGAAGAAUGAAUAUAAGGACAUUGAAGAGAUCAAAACCCAGAAGGUUCGUAUUGAAGGGUCCCUGUGGUGGACCUACACCAGCAGCAUCUUCUUCCGGGUCAUCUUUGAAGCUGUCUUCAUGUAUGUCUUUUACGUCAUGUACAAUGGCUUCUUCAUGCAGCGUCUGGUGAAGUGUAACGCCUGGCCUUGUCCCAAUACGGUGGACUGCUUUAUUUCCAGGCCCACAGAAAAGACUGUCUUUACGGUGUUCAUGAUUGCAGUAUCUGGAAUAUGUAUCCUGCUAAAUGUCACAGAAUUGUGUUAUUUGCUCAUUAGAUACUGCUCAGGGAAGUCCAGAAAACCAGUUUAACACAUUUGCCCAGCUGUUAGAAAAAGAUUGCAUGAAAGGAUGAAGCAACCUGUGCUUAGCUGUCAAGGUUCAGUCACCAGCAUUUCCCAAGACAAAGAUUCCCAUCUUAAAUGCAACCAUUCUACCCC